AUGACGCUAUGGAAAGCCGGUCCAGUAUCCUUUUUCCUCUUCAUUUCAACCUCGAUGCAAGCUUCUCUUUUUUUUUUGGGGAACAUUUUUACGCGAACCAGUUCAGGGGUUCCAGCAGGCCUCGCACUGCUCAGCAUCAUCUUGCGCCAGCCGGUGCAGGAGGCUGUCGCUGAGCUAGAAGAUACUACGCAGCGGCCGCUCCCCUUGGGGCACGCGCUCGAACAGCAGGAAACAUCUGCAAAGGAUCUGCGCCAGCCCUCUGGGCUGGAGCAGAUCGCGUGGGCUUUCUUGGAAAAGAAAGCGGCUCAGGAUUUUCAUCACUAUCGUGAAGGAACUCAAACGACGACCUCUGCGGGGGCACGGUCUCAAAAACAGGACAUGAUGAACGCGCAGGAACUACGACUGCUCUCGGACGUUUCUUACGUAGUGACGAAAGAGAGCCAGAGACGAUGUUGGGACGACGUGAGAGACUCCUGGACCCGACUGUACCAAGCAGAGAAGAUCAGUCGCUUGUCCGAUUCAGCCCUCAAAUACACGUGCUGCCACUCUCCAGCGCAGAACCACUUGGUGUAUCCGCAGACGUGUUUCGGGGCGCACGACCCCGAGCUCGAGUUUGGCGGCAUCCUCACCGAAGAUUUUUAUUUGCAAAACGACCAUGAUGUCGUGCACGAUGGUGCGGGUGAAGAUGUUGAAUGGAAAGUAAAUGCCGAUCAUCAGGCCGGCGCGCUCCCGCCACAAGGACGAAUAAAUCAGCAGGAGCCAAAGACGACCACCGAACCACAAGAAGGGGCUGAUGAUCCAAGAGGAGGUGUGUUGAACGACGAGGAAAGUCAGUUUUUACGGGGCCACGAGAAGACCACUGCCGACGUCAAGCAGCACAUCAGAAGCCCACACACUAAAAAUUUGCACACAACGGUGGUCGCCGGGCGUUUCCAUUCGUAUCGGUACCUCGAGUGUUGUCAUUCCAAGCUGCUCCGGAUGUUCGCAAAGAGGAUGGAGCAACGCCCACGCUGGAUGCAGUUUCUGGCGGAGAAGUAUGUGGGCGAAUACUUCAACGAGCGGACCAAGGUGGAAGCGGAGCGGCUGGAGACGAAUCUGACUGCGUUGAACACACUGCUGGACCCGGUAAGUAUGACUACAAGUACCACAACCACAUCAUCCACCACGGGCACGCCGUUCCCAGAAAUCAUCACUACAAUGGAACGCCGUCGCUCUACUGCCGGUCGUGUUGAGGUUGAUGUUUCCGUCGGAGCUGGAAAAGCAGGGUCCAGCACCAGCAGCACCCUCGUGGCUGAGGAAAGUGGAACGGAGCAAGCUGCACCGGAAUCUCAUCUGCAAAGGGUGUCACCGACAGGAGAAGCUCCUCGCACCGCACGUCUGGAAAAUGACCGCAGGAGAAACGUGGAUGAAAUCAUUGCUGAGGGGCCUCCGGAACCGGUUCCGGGCACAAGCUUGGUGCAAUAUAAAGUGCAGAAUCAAACGUCGCGCGUGUUUGAGCCGAUCUCGCACCUUUGCGAGUGGUGGAUCGACGAAGCCAAUUUUGAAUUGGUGAACCGCACCUCGACCAAUUAUUUUCCGGCGCAAUGUUUCUACUACGAUGUGGCACUGCACGCAGUUCUGUUCUUCCGGAAGCUGAAACACCGCUUGCAGGAGAUGGUACGCAGCAUUUUUGUGCAGCUUCCCACUCGGGCCGCAUUGGACGGUUCACCGGAGGAACAGGAUGUUGAUCUUGGUCCAACAUCUACCACGGGAGGUACUACUAGUACAACAACGCCGUCGUCGCAUGCGCCUGGUCCCCAGCAUGGAGAAGUGACCGGUGCCAAGACUAGGAGGAGCAGGAGAAGAAGGACUUCUACGACACCUCCUAGAGGAACUCGUACCCCUCCUGCGCGGAGGACGCCGCAGCUUGUGAUGCUGCAGCUCGACUGCAUGGAGCCACCGAAACCAGACGGCGCGUCCUUCCGCUCCUACGUCAGCCCGGAGGACCGGCGCGAUCGCACUCGCAACGCCCCCCAGGCUCCUCAUUUGCAGGUCAUUGGGCUCUCGCGUUCCUUUACGAAGCUAGGCCAGGACGAAAUGCGCCAGCAGGGGGGGAAGAAGAAGAACGCGACAAGUGGAAGUGGCAAACAAGUAGGCACAUCGUCCAGGGGGGCUGCCGUGCCGUUUUCGAGGCCGAUGCUCGGGCCGCACUGGACCAUGCUUAGCUUUCAGGCGCCCUUCAACAAGCACGAAGCCGAGCGCGGGCGUGCUGCUUUUCCUUGGUCUUCGCGCCGCUCGAAAGCUUUUCGCGUCUCGACGCGCGCACAUCCACGUUCGCAGCUCCACCGUAGGCGAAGGAGCGGCGUGCGUGAUUCUGCUAGAGGGCGGGACGUCGACGUGCCCGCGGAGCGCCCGACGGCGCUUGGCGUGCCGCGAGUAGAUGUGCUGGGCGAGGACACAUCAACGCCUUUGGACCGGGACCAAGAAAAUCACAGAAACGGCGUUUUUGUACGUGGCGGUACUAGAGCUGCAACAAGAAGGACGCCGGAGGAGGAGGAGCUGCAGACUAGUAAAUCUUCGCAAGAACAACAAGAAGUGUUUCUACACCACGGAAGUGCGCCAGCAACUGAAGCUUUUGCAAAUUUCUGUGAUGCGCUGCUGGGAGAAAAUGAAAAACACUCGAAGAAUCGCAGGACUGGCACUGCCGAAAUUAUAGAAGAUGACGUGCACAAGAACCACGCAACUCCAACUGGCGGCAGGAGCGCUGGCGGACUUUUCUCGUCAGCUUCCGCCAGAGACCUGUGGCUUUUCGGUUGUACUACGACCAGGGAGGACGGCGGCGUCGGGGGUACUACAAACCAAGAAGUCAACAGCACCGACGAAAAAAUAAAACACACCUCCGCGCCAGCUGUUGUUUCGACGGUUGUAGAAGUGUCCGCCGAAGAUCCUUCACCGAACACAAGCUUGGCUCCUCCACGACAGGACCUACUAGACGAGGACUCACGCGCGGCUGUAGCACGAUUGGAAUCCAGGAGGAAGUCUCUUUCAUGGGCCUCAACGGUGGGGAAAUUUUUAGUGAACGACAAUGAACAAGUAGUAGAACAGAGCAAUGGCCAUCGUGGUUAUACUUCAUCUAGGACUUCUGGGAACCACGACCAGCAGCACGACUGGUCGUCUACGAGAACAACAAGUGAUCGAGCCGCGAUUUUUAAGCCUGGAGGUCCUCUAGAAGUGCAGAGCGAGAGCCCCUCGUCCCAAAUAAAACACUCUCUCGCUCAUGAAGUGUUUCUCGAGCUUGGACAAACCCGGCCGGAUCUGAUUGAGGCAAAAGCGCGCACCAUGAAUCGCACGCUCCUGGAAGAAGAGCCGCACCUGUGGAUCACGUGGCAGCCUGUGUUCAACCAUAUCCAGUACAAGUAUCAGCUCACGGGGCGGAAUGUAGGGUGCGACACACGGGAAAUGUGGGUAAAAUGGUCCGAGUCUCUCGAGCUGCGUCUCGUCUCAGAUUUGCAGCUCUUGCCAACAAAUGCCUUCGGACGAGAAGACGUUGGGCUGGAAAAUUUUGAAAGCCCACACCGGCUAGCGUCGGCGGCAUCACUGGGCGGAAGACCACAGGUUCAACAUCCUGUAGAGGAUCUUCAAGACCACGACCUUCGCAAUCAUGAUCGUGCAGCUGCUCCUGCACGAGGACUCGGGGAGGACUCAUCUACUGCGAAGGUUGAUGACUACGAUGACGUCGAAUGUUGGUACGAUCCCCUGCUACAGAACGAUCGACACUACAUAAAGACCGACUUGAAGCACUUCGUGCAAGCCGUGCUGUAUGCGCAGCGGAACGAGGCGACUGUGCAGCAAAUCGCGAAUCGGAGCGCUGCAGUGGCGCGCGAGAUUUUCGAUUACGAGCACGGCGUUUUGUAUUUGGAUUCCUUGAUGCAGCUAGGGAGCGACACCUGGUGGGCUUGGUCGAGACGCGAAAAAUAUUUAGACCCCACCACGAACGUCACUUCCCUAGCGGUAGAGCAGCGAAAUGCUAGCGUUGGUGUCGUUCUUUGAGUAAGGACAGGGAAUAGAUACUGCUCCUUGAUGACAGCAUUUCCAGUUGCGCGCUUCUAUUCUAGCCUUGCAAGGAUCAUGUGAAGAAGUGAAGUACGAACGUGCAACCGCGCACGCGCAUUGAUUUUAAUCGAAGAACGCACGUGCGCUGAUAAACGACCAAGCCUCAUCGCGAUGUCAGAGUACUUACAUACAGUCUGGCCUGAUCUGCAAGAUUCUUUUUCAAUUGACGCUCGGCCCAGCAGCGUUG